AUGUCAAAAAAAUACUUCGAACGUCCAUGUUCCGAAUGGAAUAUUUUGGGAUUCUUGAACAAAUGUGAAGAGAAUCAGUUCAAUGAUUUCGAAGUGAAUAUAUCAUAUUACCUUUUAUGUCUUGAAGCUAUAUCUAAAGAAGAAGGAUCCAGGAGUAAAAAAGCCCAAGUUUUGCUCGAUCGAUAUAGAAAGGCGAGUACUGGGUUUUUUGGGGGGUGGAAAAUGGGUGGCAAAGGAUUCCCUGAGGAUCCUAAACCCGACUACAAAAUUGCGCGAAACUGGGAAGCGGAGCGCGUCAAGAAACAAGUCCAUCUCCAUAAUCCGACAUUUGUUGACCAAGGCAUUGGGACUAUAAGUGGCGGGACAUCCGGAACUAUAAAUGGGUUCAUUGUUGAAUCUUCAAAGAGAGAGACACCGUGCAAUGAUAAUGAAUCAUAUGUUCAUUAUGAGUCCUCUGAUUUGGAUAAUGGAAAAAAUCACGGAGAGAUUAAUAAUGACAUUGACAAUAUUGCUAAUGAAGAAAUAUAUCUUUUAUCUCAAGAGACUCCACAGAAUGUGACGGAAGACGUCUACAAAAUUAUCGAAAAAAUAAAAUCCAUUAACUACCGAUUAUUUGAUUAUAAAAUCAUCAACCUUUCAGAGCGAAAUAUUACAAAUCCCGUUAAUAAGUUAUCAAGUUCUGAAAAACAUAUCCUAAAAGAUACUUGGAACUCGUUAGAGCCAUCAGAUAGAUCAAAAACAAUUCGUUUUGAAAAAUGGAAAAAAAUUAUAAAUCCCCUUGUACAAAAGUACCAACCUCAUUUAGAAAGUAAAUCCGUAUUUGAUGUAAUUUCCUUGAGUGAUACUAUUGAGGUCGUUCUUGAAAAACCAUAUACCGGAAAAUUUAUUCAUAAAGAGCAUUAUGAUCUUAUAUGGGUACAGGAUAUUUAUAAACGAUUUCUAUUUCUUUUCGAUGCACCCACCAACUUACUAUCGGACCCAGAUCAAUGUAAAAACAGAAAUGAAACUAGGCAAUAUAAGCAACGGGUUAGCAUUGGAUGUUCCCAAGAUGGGAUAUAUUCAAUUAACGUAAAUGCUGUUGUUUUAGAAGUAGGAUUCUUAGAGGUUGUCGGUAGUGCCCUCUACACUGAUAUCAAAAAAUUAAACGGUGACACUGAAAAAGUAUUGAAGUGUAUGCAAAUUUCUAUUCAUUAUCAACGUCAACACUAUUUAUCACGUGGGGCUACUGAACAACAAGUAUCCUUGGUAGAAUCAUAUGGAAUUGUCGUCUACCAUCGAACAUUUACAAUUUAUGUAAUGCAUCGAACAAAUGAAGGUCUAUAUGUUGUUGAUACUUUAACCGAAUUUAGUAUACCAAAUACUAAGGAUCAGUUGUACAUCUUGAAAGAAGUAAUCGAAAAUGUUUAUUUUUUUAAGAGUCGAGUAAUGGACUAUUAUCUAACUGUUCAGAAAAUCGUUCCUUAUACUAAAAUUCACGUUGGAAUAAAUGAAUCGCCUGUUGAAGCAUCACCCUCUAAAGCUUCGAUGCUUUUAAAAACUUCUGAUUAG